GAUUAUUUGAGAGGACAUUCGAAGAAAGUUCAAAAGCCGAGAUCAAGUCGUUUAAGUUUGGAGUUUUGUUUCUCGCACCGAGUAAUGAAUUACUGGAAUUCCCUACCGGACCAUGUAAUAUCAGCACCUUCUGUUUAUAUAUCCAAAGCGAGAUUGAACCUCCACAUUAUUACAAACUGCAAGUAUUAAUAUAGGUCGAUAAACUUUCAAUCCUUCUUACUAUAAACGGAAGACUAUAUUUUUCUCUAUUCAGAUCUAAUAAGGAAGAAAUACGAACUACAUCUAGGUCGCCAUCAUAAUAACCAGCUUAACAUCCUAAGAAACGGACAUUUCGCUGUUUCUACCUAAUAAUGUUUGCGUUUUGAAUAUCCAAGUUGCUGUGUGGAUUUUGAGUUUCGCGUUACUGUUGAUGAAGUCAAUAAGCGACUCGGGUGGGUAUGUGUCGUUUGGUCUCCCAGAGUUUGAAAACUCUCAAAAAACCAGCGGAUUUCUGAAAAGAUUUGUGAAUAGAUUGACAAGUAGUACUGCACUUCGCACAAAGGAUGCUAAAAAUAAAUUUCAGUCCACAGAAGUCCCUCAGAUAUCAGCUGAUAGUAAAAAUGAACAUAAUGAAUUGUCCCACAAUGGCCUCUCAGCAUUGGAUGAAAACAUAUCUGACGGAAUGUCUAGCUCUUCUUCACAUAAUCAAUUGCCUGGAUCUAUUCGACCACCCGAAAGACGCUACUGGAUGCAAGAUGAAAAUUGCAAAUUUUGUUUUGAAUGCGGUACACGUUUUACUGCCAUCCGCCGUAAACAUCAUUGCCGUGUUUGUGGGAGGAUAUUUUGUAAUCAGUGCAGUAAUCAGAUUGUUGAAGGGACACAAAUUGGACUUGAUGGUCUUCAACGAGCCUGCAGUUAUUGUGCUGAAACACUAAUUAGUACUAAUACCAAUAAACCAGAACAUUCAUUGGACAAAAGUUCUGUCAGAUCGCUAAAUACAGACAAUAUUCAUGGUUUGAAGAAAAAAAUAAGCUUGACAGAAAAAUCCCAGAGAAACAAUAACCGACCAAAGUCUGUUCCAUCUCAUGUUAGUCAUCUUUCCAAUCUCACUAUACGCAUGAGUACUGGUUUGUUGAAUAUAUCCAAUUCAAAAGCAUUGCUUACUCCACCUUCAUAUUUGAACAGAAUAGCUGUAGAUUUAGUUAGCCCAAACAAUUCUACUUCUACCAAUUCAGCAGAUGGAUGCAGAGACUUGUUUCCUACAUUUUUCUCGGCAACCUUCCCAAACGGUAAUGAUGCAUCUCCGUUAGUGGAUUCUAUUAGACAAACAAUGUGCACCAUUGAAUCUAAUACAUUUGGUGUAAUUCGUCGAACACCGCGCAUAAGUCAAGGUCCAGUUUUAAAUGAAUCGUUGAAUAUAGAUAUUUGCAGUGCUCCAUUCAAAAAAAUUUCUUCAUCUCAUUCGUUUGAAUGUUUACCAAGCAGUGCAUCGCAGUCAUUAUUCAAUUCAUCAGCAGGUCAAGAUAUACUUUAUUUAUGGUCAAGACUUUGGGCUAAUUCACCAAAGGAUCUUGAUUUUUCAACUAUCAGUAUUUCACAGUUGACCGCAUCAUCAACUCGACCAUUAAGUCGUGUGCAUAGCCAUUCAAAUGAAAAUUUAACGAAAGACAAUAGUUCAUGCAAAUCGCUACAAUUAUUUAGAUUAAAAAACGAAAAUGAAGAGUACUACUGUACUUAUGGCCUAGCACUAGUUUAUUGGUUAGUCAAUAAUAUACCGGGUUUGGAACGUUGUAGAAUGAAAGGACGACUGGUCUGCCAAAAAUUUAUCGACCUUGGUUUACUAACUGAUCUACAAAAUCCUAACUGUAAACAGUUUUAUGACAACUUUACAUUUUAUAAAUUAAAACAGAUUGAUUCAAAUAGUCGAUUAUAUCAUCAAACUAAUUCAAGAAGAAAAACUGUGGAUUUUACUUCAUUUUAUAAUAAUUUUAAUGUCAACUCAACUUCUACUAAUAGUACUACUUAUUCAAGUAUACUUGAGAUUCAUGAACCAAAUUGGUUAUUAGAGAUUAAUAGUUCUGAGAAUGAGAUUUCUAGAUCUUCUUCACCUUGCUUGAUGGCAAGCUCCAAUGAUUUAAUAUCAAAACCACCUGGGGUUCGAUCCAGUUUUGAAGUUGGAAAAGAUGUUAGUAGAAUGCGAGAUUGUAGUCUUGAAUCUCUUGGUUCAACACAAAAAUGGAAAUAUACAACACAACCAACAUUAAAUAACCAGCAGCAGCCAGUUGAUCUUUCAGUACAGCUGAAUACUGGCUUACUGAUGAAUACUGAUGAAUACAUAUGUAACAUGAAGAAUAUCUUUGAUAAACAUAUAUAUCGGUUGGUUUUACAAGAUGUACGAGAUAAUGUCUUAGAUUCUAGCUGGGCAUCAAUUCUAAUUCGUUUGGCAUGGAAUGUUUGUCAAACGGUGCACUUUGAUUUACGAUCAACUGGUUUACGUUAUUUUCAAUUUAAUCGACAACAGAAGCAACAAUCUCAGUCAAAUAAUGAAACCGUAAAAAGUAAUGACGUACAGAAAUCUGUUAUGAAUUCUAAUACUGUCCAUAAACAACAAGUUUACUCACCAAUGGAUAUUCGAUAUUAUGUACAUAUUAAAAAACUAUUGGAUGAAGAUAACAAAAAUUCAGAUUUGUUCCCUGGUCUUAUUAUCUCUAAACGUCCAACCCACAAACUAAUGCCAACUGUUUUAAAUAAUCCACGCAUACUUCUAUUGGAUUCAUCUAUAAAUUAUCAACGUACUACUUCUAAAAUGACGUGGCUAGAAUCUCAGAUUAUGCAAGAAGAAGAAUACAUAACCAAUUGUGUUUGUAAAAUUCUCUGUCUACAUCCCAAUAUUAUAUUCGUCAGUGGGACUGUUUGUUACUUAGCACAGAAUUUUAUUUUCAAAGCAGGAAUCGUUUUAUUUUCCAAUGUAAAACAGUCGGUGUUGUACCGUAUUGCACGAAUGACGGGUGCUGAUAUCUUGGAUUCGAUUGAUCGGUUAAUGAGCAAUCCUUCAAGAAAACCAGAUAAUAAUACUCAAAAGUCAACAACACGUCUUGGUGUUUGUAAUCAUUUUGAAGUUAGACAAUUACAUUUACCAGAUGAUUCCACGAAAUUUCUUACUUUCAUUAAAAAUAAUUCUACCGAAACUGGUUUGGCGCUUGAUUCUAAUCCUAUCCGGUAUAUCACUCAUGAAGCGACUGUCAUUCUACGAGAUAAUGAUCUUGCUUCACUUAUCCGUGCAAAACGUUGUUUUCUUUUCACAUUACGCUUGUGCUAUAAUGCACAGUUAGAAUUGGCUUAUUCAAACAAUGAUCAUAUUUUUCAUCUUCCUCAUUUGUUACUGAAUACGGAUACGUAUUCAAGAUCACGUGUACAAUCUCUAAAUAAAAUAUGUUUACAAAACGAUGCCGAAUAUUCAUCGCUUUCUUCUCCAGUGUCGAGAAAAAAAGCGUUAUCCGACCCCAAUGGUUCAGUUAUUUCUAUUUCCUCUACGACCGAACAAACAUCUAUAUCAAACGAUGAAGAUGACAAAAACCUCUGCUCUGAUUUAGCGAUAUAUCUUCAAGGACGUCUAUUAUCUGUCUCACCAAGUGUUGAAUUUCGCUUACCCUAUUUAGCAUCUAGAGAAGGCCAGUUAUCUUAUUUAUACCCAUAUUAUACUUAUGUAAUUGACUGGCCGUUAGGACGUAGACUGAAUGAUUUGAUGAAACGGAAAGAAAAAAUUUUAAAUAGUGAAUUGACAGCAUUAAAAUAUUACAUGAUGAGUGCUAAAUUACAUAAUCAUCCAUCAAAACAUAUUUCAAGUAACGAAUCAUCUCAUCCUUUCACAAAGUGUAAUUUGGAAAUUUUUUCAUCGCCUACUUUACAUAAUUCAAAAUUAAAUCGUCUUUUACCAUAUUUUCUUAGUGAUAACAGUGACAAUAAUGAUAGUUUUAGAAAAAAUAAUUUUGCAAUGGAUGGAUUAAUUAUCUCUGAGACAUUAACAUCAUCUGAUGAAGCCUUGUAUACUGAUUAUAAAGCUAGGGGUUUUAUGAACAAUAAUAAUAAACAGAACCUUGAAAGUUCUCGUUCAUUUCCACGUCUUUGGGCUGGUAUGAACAGUAUUUUAUCUGGUCAUUGGAAUUCUUUAUUUAAUACAAGACAUUUGAAAUCAUUUAAAUCAGGUCUUACAAAAACAUCAACUACAACUACUGGUUUUACACCCACUUCUAAUGUGCAGCUUAUCUCGGAAUCUGAAAGUGUAAAACGUCUAAGAAGAAGCAUUCUAGAUCCACGUUCAUAUCAAUCUUUGAGUUUUCUUGCAAUAUUAUUUACAACAAAAUGUAUUAUGCGACCAGAACCAUGUGUUCCACCUUUGAUAGCUACAGUGGAAUUUUACGGUUCAAAUGAUUUGCCGUUAGGAUUAUUUUUGGAGAAAUUUUGUUUCAUGCAACAACAUUGCCGUAAUCCACUUUGUAAUGUAGUAAUGGCUGAUCAUAUUCAAAGAUUUAUUCAAACUUCAGGAUCAGUACAACUUAUGAUUCGUAAAUUGAUUCAAGAUCCACCUCGAUCAGAAGUCUUAUCAGAUAUACCAAAUCUAGGUAGUAAUGAUGCAAAAUAUCGUCGUCAUUGUCGUAUACAAAUGUGGUUAUUCUGUCCAAUAUGUCGUAUUAAUUCACCUAUUAAACAUAUGUCUGCUGAUACUUGGCAUUUGUCUUUUGUAAAAUUUCUUGAUUUAAUAAUAAAUAGUUCUGAUAAUUGGGCUUAUUGUGGUCUAUUCAAUAAAAACUUGGAUGAUACAGUCAAUGAGGUGAACACAACUGAUGCGUCUAAUGAACCAUCACUUAAUUCAGUAAGACAUGGAUUCGACAGUCAAACUAUGAGUCCAAUAUUACAAUUCCAGUGCCCACAUUCUGUUUAUAAAUCUUUAGAACAUUGCUUUGCUUUUGAUCGGAAAUUAGCUAUUUUUAAAUAUCAACCGGUUAAUGUUUAUGAGAUUGUUAUGCCUCCAAAUGAGAUUCGUGUUUUCCCGGUGAAAGUCAAUAAUUCGAAGUCCGAAAGUACCCGCAUGUUAACUAUGAAAAAACCAACUGCUGCAAGUGACAUGAACACAAAUGAUUUGGAAGAUGGUUACUGCACGGAUAGUACAGACCAUACUACCGCUACUGCUACUAAGUCUCAUAGUCAGUCAAAUCAUCACAAAGUUACUAACCUGCAGAAAACAUCUCACCUACCAAGUUAUCUGUACGCUGAAGCUUCCGAUGUUUUAACAAAGUAUUACACUAUAAAUACUGUAAUUAAAUGUCAUAUUGCCAAUCAACAAAAUGAGAAAAUAUCUUGCGAACUGUCCGCUAUGCUCGAGGCCUAUCUAAAAGUUCUUGAAUGUGAUUCCACUCGUAUACUAAUGGAUGAAAGAUCAGAAAUUUUGGAUUUCAUUCUACAUCCGAGUGACAGCAGUCAAAAGGAAAGGUUUUCUAAUAAACAGUAUGUUGAAGACAUACCAGCGGGUAUAUCACAUAGUCUAGGCCCUCUUGCAAAGCCUGUAGAAGAUGAUUCUGAAUCAAAUACUGUAGAAAAUGAAAAAAUAUCCACACCUGAUAAGCAAACAAUAACUACGGAUGAAAAAAUCUUUUGUACGACUACAAUCCAGUCACGUGUUCGAACUCAUUCAAAUAGCAUUUCAAGUGUUCAUUAUGGCUCCAGUGAAACUGCUGAACAAAGAUGUGAUAUUUCACAAAAUGAAACCAAAUGUCAUAAUUGGUUCAAACUAAUCUCUAGUUUAAACAGUGUUGAACAGGCCUUAAUUGUACAAAGAUUAAUUAAUGAAUUGAAACGUUGGAUGUAUCGAUUUAUUUCGGAUUGGAAUUUCAGAUUUAAUGAAUAUGAAUUAUUAAUGAAACGAAUUGAAAAAAAUAUACGCGACAAACGGAAAAAGCCGACAUUGUCGUAUAUUUCUACAACAGUUGCUAAUUCGUCUCUUCACCCAUCACCGAAUCUUCUUUCUCCUUCAGUUCCUUCUCAAGUAACGGUUACAACUUCCGUAUCACUACCACCACCAAUAACAACACCAUUACCCGUUAGUAGUAUCAUAACUAGUUCAAAGAGUGCAAACAAUCUGCUAGAUUCUACAAAAUCAUUUGAACACAACAAUGAUAUGAUUACAAAUCUGUCUUCUUCCAAUCUACCCAUCGAAGUAUCAACAUCUCAAACUGUUUACUUUAAUUCUAUAGAUCAAAAUACGGACAAAUUUUUAACUGGAAUUGAUUUAAGUAAUAACAUUUCAGUUAAUUCAAAAACACCAUUAAAUAAUGUGUUAACAGUCAGUCAACCAGAACUUCUAGUUCACUCCAUAAAAAAAGACAGUGAAAUGUACAAGUCUAUUGAAAACACCUCAAGACUUGAUUCUUUUAAGUCUGGUUUCAAUUCAUUUCAUGAUAGCAUUAACCAUGAUUCAAGCCAACAUACAGAAGAUAAUUAUGUUUCUGAUUUGUCUAAGAAUUUACCUAUCUUGGAUCCUUUAAAUUUAAAAGCUGUUUACCAACGACGUGGUCCGGAAAUCUUCAAUGCUGAAUCCUCUUCUCAAAAUCAAUCGAACAAAACUGAAUCUUCAACUCAUCCUAUCCAAAACGAAAUCUCAAUUACGAAUAAUUCUUCCUCUUCUGGUGUGCGUCGCUUUAUUCAUAACUUUUUACCAUCAGCUAUGGAUUUAAAAGUAUUUGGCGAACCGGUCCCACCUCACGAACAUCCUCAACUGACCAUAUGUGAUGAAAGUUGCAUUAACAUUUUAAAACGUAUUGAAACUACUCUCAAUAAAUCAAAUGAAAUCAAAAUGAACAGUUUUGAUUAUAGUCGACUGUCUGAGUCUCUCUGUCAAUUAUUGCUUGCACAUCCAGAUGUUUAUGUUAAUGAUCGAGAAUUUACUUCAAUUAUAGCUUUUGCUUUGACUACACGAGAAUACGAAAGAAAGUUAGUGGAUUUACAUUUUACCCUUCAAGGCUCACUGCAGCACAGUUCUGAUGUUCAGCUAGGUCAGGCUGCUCUUUCUAAUUUUAAGGAUAAUGAGUCAGCUGUUACAACUGAGAAUAUAUCUGGUGCAAAAUGUAUUGGUGAAAAAGAAAGACUAAACAUUCUAUAUGAUGACACUUCCCUAUCGAAUCCAAAUGAUGAUGGUUCUUCUAAAAAGUCAGAAACAUCACAAGAAGAAUGUAAUAGAAUACCAUCUUCACCAAAUGUAAGUGCAUUGCGUGAUCAAAAACCGCCUACACAUACUCAUAAUAUAUCUGCCAGUUGUCAUACUACUUCAUUAUCAACAUCUACAACUGACAAAUCCAAUGGGUCUCGAAGUCGUCAUAUUAAAAUACAGUUUUCAGAUAGUUCAACUACUUUCUUCUGUUGUGUGUACUAUGCCUCUGAAUUUUUCCGUUUACGUCAACUUAUAAUGCCUAAUGGAGAUCUGUCUUUCAUACAUUCUUUAUCACGAUGCUAUCAAUGGGAUGCACGUGGUGGUAAAUCAGGUUCCUUAUUCAUGAAAACUCGAGAUGAACGAUUUGUAAUUAAAGAACUAUCUUCAAUUGAAAUGAAAACAUUUCAUGAAAUCUCUCAGGAUUAUUUCGAUUAUGUGAUUACUGCAGCACUUGAACAACGUCUUUGUGUUUUAUCAAGAAUACUAGGCAUUUUCCAUGUUGGAUUUAAAAAUUCUACAUCAGGUGAAGCCCAUCGAUUCGAUGUACUUGUAAUGGAAAAUUUAUAUUAUGGACGUACUCAACUGGCAUAUAUUUAUGACUUGAAAGGCUCACUACGUAAACGACUGGUAGAUGAAUCCUUCAAUAAUAUCAACAAUAAUGGAGUUAAUGCAAACUCUACUACUAUGCCUACAGAUCUAGCACAAACAACUGAUGAAAGUACAACUAAUUCCGGUAUUGCAUCGUACCACUCGUUUACAUGCAAUCAGUCAACAACAGUAUCAGAUAGUGGUUUGACUUCAGAGACAACUACAGUUAAACAUAAUGUACCUGUUCUUCUAGAUCAGAAUUUACUAAAUGCUUCAAUAGAUAAUCCGUUGUAUUUAAGAGUUCAUUCAAAGAAUGCUCUUUCACAUUGUCUAAAUAUGGAUACUGCAUUUUUAGCGAAUCUAUUUAUUAUGGAUUAUUCUCUACUAGUUGGUGUUGAUACAACAACUAAUCAACUUAUUAUUGGUCUAAUUGAUUAUCUACGUAAAUUUACGCUAGAUAAACGUUUAGAAAUGAUUAUUAAACAAACAAUAACUAGUGCACAAGGUCCAAUGCCAACUAUAUUAACACCAGAUUUAUAUCGUGAACGUUUUCUUUAUCAAUUGCAUAGUUAUUUUCCAUUAUUACCGGAUCAAUGGUAUGAUAGUUUAGCUGAACAUACUGAAAAUUGGCGUGUGUCAUCAGUUCAACGUAAAUCACUAUCAGUGAAUAAGACAAAGUGAAUAUUUAAUUUUUUUUUCAUAUUUACACCAGAAACUGUGAUUAGUAAAUAAUAAAUGAAUACCAUACAUGCAUAAGAUUAACUUACUCUUACUAUUAUUAUUAUGACUAUUUAAUCCCUAUUUUCUAUUUCUAUGGUUAUAAUUAUAUAUUAUCAUUGAAGUAAACACAGUUGAUAAUGAUUUCUUUGAAUUGUAAUUUCUUGUUUUAUUUUUAGCAUUUUUCAUUCAGUUGACAAUUUGUCUUUUAUAUUAUAAUCGUCUUAUUUAUUUUUUUGGAGAAUACACUUUCAAAAUUGAAUAC